GAAUGACCUCAGAAAGGGGGAAUUUAGUAUUUCAUACAGGCUCCACCAAAAAUAUUGAGUUUAGAACCGGACCACAGGGAAAAAUAAAAAUUAAUGAAGAUGACCUCGCAGAGCUUUUCAGUCAGAUCAAGAAAAAUAAAGAUGAGAUUCUAGAAGUGAAAAGAAGCAUUGGUGUCCUUCAGAAUGUUUCAAACCAGAUCACUCUGAUUAAUUCCAAGAUUGUGAGUCUUGAAGGCAGGCUUCAAAACGUUGAGCAGACUGUCCUGAGGAAAGCUUGUAGUAGCAACCCCUGUCAGAAUUCUGGAACCUGCAUAAGCCUGCUGGAUGCCUUCUUUUGUCUCUGUCCCAGUAACUGGCAGGGCCCAUUCUGUUCAGUUGAUGUUAAUGAAUGCCAGAUUUACGCUGGAACAGCACUCGGCUGCCAGAAUGGAGCAACAUGUGUGAACACACCAGGAAGUUACAGCUGUACCUGUACUCCAGAAACCUAUGGACCCCAUUGUACCUCAACAUUUGAUGAUUGCCAAGGAGGCUCUCAGGCUCUCUGUGAGCAUGGCGUCUGCAUAGAUUCAGACAGGGAGCAGCCCAAUGAGCCAAAGUACAGCUGUAUCUGUGAUGCUGGUUGGAUGUCCCCGCCUAGUAGCCCCGCCUGCAGUGCUGACAUAGAUGAGUGCAGCCUCUCUAGUCCGCCGUGUUCUCAGAAUCCUCCGGUACAGUGCUACAACACUCCAGGCUCUUACUACUGCGGUUCUUGUCCCACAGGCUGGCAAGGAAAUGGCUAUAGUUGCCAAGAUAUUAAUGAAUGUGAGAGGCACAAUGGAGGCUGUUCGCUAGCACCAAUGGUUCAGUGCAUCAACACUAUGGGAUCCUUCCACUGUGGUCUUUGUCCACCAGGAUAUGAGGGGGAUGGAAGAGUAUGCACCCAAGUUGAUAUCUGCUCAAUAAAUAAUGGAGGUUGCCAUCCAUUGGCCUCAUGUGUACCCUCUCCAGGUCCUACACCUACCUGUGUCUGCCCAGCUGAGUACACUGGAAGUGGUUAUGGGCCAAAUGGGUGUGCCCCAGUCAGUGAUACCUGUCAGCAUCAAAACCCUUGUAGAAAUGGACAGUGCUUAGCUAUGCUCUCUGGAUACUUCUGUGUGUGUGAUCCGGGCUGGACAGGCAACAAUUGUACAGAAAACAUCAAUGAGUGUUCUAGCAACCCUUGUCAAAAUGGGGGAAGCUGUACUGAUGGAAUUAAUGGCUACUACUGUGAAUGUACAAAUACUUGGACUGGACCUCAGUGUCAGACUCCCCAGCAAGUUUGUGGAGGGUUUCUUUCAGGCUCCAAUGGGUCAUUCAGCUACCCUAACAAUCCAGGCAGUGAGCAAUAUGAUCAUCGGGUCAGCUGUGCUUGGGUUAUCCGAACUAACAACAACAAGAUUCUGCGUAUUACUUUCCCAUUCUUCCAACUGCAAGCACACAGCAACUGUAAUUUUGACUUCCUUCAAAUUCAUGAUGGGGACUCGGCAUCAGCGUACAUGCUGGGAAAAUACUGUGGCUCAUCUCACCCUCCUGAGCUUUUCAGUACCCAUAAUUCCUUGUAUUUCUGGUUCCGUUCUGACCACACAAUUAAUGCAGGAGGGUUUACAGUUAAAUGGGAGUCUCAGGAACCAGAAUGUGGUGGUGAACUAACAAAUACUUAUGGCUCAAUAAACUCGCCGGGAUACCCUGGUAACUAUCCUCCGGACAGAGAUUGUUACUGGGCCAUCUCAACCAAGCCAGGCCUUCUCAUCACAUUUGCCUUUGGCACACUUCGUCUAGGGCAUCAUGAUAAUUGCAGCUAUGACUAUCUGGAGAUUCGAGACGGCCUCCUUCCACAAGACUCCAUCCUCAGUAAAUAUUGUAGCACCAAUUCUCCUCCCCCACUUCAAACCUCUGGCCCAUAUGCAUGGAUUCACUUUCAUUCUGAUGGUUCAGUCACUGACAGAGGCUUCCACAUUGUCUACACUACAUCGCCUUCGGAUCCCAAUUGUGGAGGAAACUACACAAACAGUGGGGGCAUUAUCCUAUCCCCUUACUGGCCUAACCCAUACAUUAACAGCAGGCAAUGUAUCUACAUUAUCCGACAGCCACCGAAUGAAAAAAUCUACCUCAACUUCACUCACAUGGAGCUGGAAAGCCACAGCGGCUGUUCUUGGAAUUAUAUUGAGGUUCGAGACGGUGACUCCGAAAUGUCUUCUAUCAUCAACAAAUUCUGCAACAGCACAUUUCAUUCUCCAAUCACUUCCUCUAGCAACAGCCUGUGGAUCAAAUUUAAGUCAGAUGUUUCUGUGCAAAGGGCUAGCUUCAGAGCAAUUUAUGAAGUUGCCUGUGGGGGUGUAUUGUCUGGAGAGGGUGUUAUUCAUUCCCCAUACUAUCCCAGGACUUUCCCUCAUCAGAAGACCUGUGAGUGGAUCAUUUUCCAGCCAGAAGACAAUGCAGUGAUUCUUAAUUUUACCGAUUUCGGCAUUCGAAAUAUCACUACCUGUGACUCAGAUUAUGUGGAGGUCAGAGAUGGCAGCAGCACAGAUUCUCCUCUUUUAGCGAAAUACUGUGGCACAGAUAUACCUUCAGCAGUGCAGUCCACACGGAAUUAUCUCUAUGUCAAAUUCAGAGUCUCCUCUGCUACAAAUCUUGGGUUCAUGGCUGAAUACAAGCCAUUAGAUACAGCAUGUGGGGAGACUCUCACUGGGCCAGAAGGAACCAUUACGAGUCCUGGUCAUCCAAUCAUCUACCCACAUGGUGUUAAAUGUGUGUGGACUAUUUCAGUGCAGCCUGGGCACCUUAUCCGCCUGACAUUCACAUCAUUUAACUUGGAGUUUGAUUACAAUUGCACCAGAGACUAUCUUGAAGUAUAUGACAAUGGUACUAUGACAAGGCUUGGAAGGUAUUGUGGAAGAUCAAUUCCACCAUCACUCACCAGCAGUGGCAACAUAAUUAUGCUGUACUUUGUGACAAAUCACAACAUUGUCUCUGAGGGGUUCUCAGCUAAUUAUGUCUCAAUGAAUGUUUCCACAGUAUGCACUCAUCAAUACACUGAUGCCACUGGUGUGCUGACAUCUCCAAACUACCCCAGAAACUACCCUGUCAAGACAGAGUGCAUAUACAGGAUCAGAGUGGAAACCAACAAACAGAUUGCGCUGCACUUCACCAACUUCAUCUUGGAAGGGAAUAAGUUUUGUUCAUCGGAUUAUGUAGAAAUCAGAGAUGGAGGCUAUGAAACAUCACCAGUCCUUGGAAAGUACUGUGGUUCAACUCUGCCUCCUGUAAUCAUCUCCCAUAGUAACAGGCUAUGGAUAAAAUUUGUGAGUGAUGUAUAUGGCACAAGAACUGGAUUUUCAGCUUACUGGGAUGGUACCACAACAGGCUGUGGUGGGACCCUCACAACUUCAUCUGGCAUGUUCAUGUCUCCCAACUAUCCCAUGCCUUACUACCACAAUUCAGAAUGCUACUGGUUGUUGAAGUCAAGCCGAGGCAGCCCAUUUGAAAUCCAGUUUAAACAGUUCCACUUGGAGUUUCAUCCAAAUUGCAGCUCUGAUUACCUUGCUGUAUAUGAUGGCGAUAGUAGCAGUGCUAAGAUGCUGGGUAAAUUUUGUGGGAAUCAGAUACCAGAGUCAAUUCGCUCCACCAGGGAUACUUUAUAUGUGAAACUAAGGACAGAUGGUCAUCUUGAAGGUAGAGGUUUCCUUGCUGAGUACAAGCAGAUUUGCCAAGGAAUAGUGAUUGCCAACCGUAGCCAAGGCAUCUUGGAAAGUUUAAACUAUCCAAACAAUUACCCUCUAAAUGAACACUGCAGCUGGACCAUCCAAACUACAACUGGGAAUACACUUAACUACAGCUUUACAUCCUUUGAUGUAGAAGAAGAAUCAAACUGUGAUCUGGACUAUUUGAAGCUCUAUGAUGGACCAAAUGCCCAAUCCAACCUGAUAAGCACUUUCUGUGGAAACACUAUUCCCAUUCCCGGGAAUACCACAGGCACCAGCCUUCAUGUUGUGUUUUACUCUGAUGGACUAGCCUCUAAACAGGGGUUCCAGAUGCUGUGGCAUGUAAAUGGUUGUGGUGGAGAACUCUCUGGUGCAUCAGGAUCUUUCAAUAGCCCCGGCUACCCAAACAGGUCCCCAGGCAAUAAGGAGUGUGUCUGGUACAUUGACACAGCACCUGGUAGCAGCAUUCAACUCACCAUUCAGGAACUCGACACUGGAUAUCACUUGGACUGCAGCUAUGAUGUUUUGGAGAUCUAUGGUGGGCCUGAUUUUCUGUCUCCAAGGCUGGCCCAACAGUGUGUUUCAAGACCAGCACAGAACCCCCUACGAGUCUCUAGCACUGGCAAUGCCAUGACUAUCCGAUUCAAGACAAAUAGAUAUUGGAAUGGGAGGGGGUUCAAUGCCACUUGGCAAGAAACACCAGGAGGUUGUGGAGGAGUUUUCCAAGCUUCCAGUGGUGAAAUCCAUUCUCCAAACUACCCUCAACCUUACAAUGCCAACACUGAUUGUGCUUGGGUUAUCCAGGUUGACCACAGCCAUCGUGUUUUACUGAACUUCACAGAUUUUGACAUUGGACUUCACAAAUCAUGUGACUACAACAAUGUUGCUGUGUUUGAUGGCCCAGACAGUGAAGCCCCACUUCUUGAAAAACUGUGUGGUGCCCAGCAUCCCAGUCCCAUCACAUCCACCCAGAAUGUUAUGUUCAUCCGAUUACAUUCCAACAGCAGCAACCAGCACAGGGGUUUCAGCGCUCACUUUACAGAAGCAUGCGGAAGUCUCAUAGAGACAGAUUCAGUUGGUGCAGCAAUUUCCUCUCCUCUGUAUCCUGCCAAGUAUCCAGACAAUCAGAACUGCAGCUGGAUUAUUCGGGCCCAGGAGCCAUUCAACCACAUUACGCUGUCCUUCACUGACUUUGAUAUUGAAGGCGACAGAAGUAACUGUACCAUGGACUUUGUCGAGAUUUUGGAAGGGGAUAACGAUGAGGCUCCUCUUCAAGGCCGUUACUGUGGCACUGUUAUGCCACAACCUGUUACUUCUUUCAGCAAUGGCUUUGUUGUAAAUUUUGUAUCCAGUAAUGCCAGAACUGCCAGAGGCUUCCAUGCUACCUGUGCUGCAUCAUUGUCAUCCUGUGGCGGUAUCUUCCACAUGGACAGAGGAGCCUUCAACAGCCCUAACUAUCCUGAAUCUUAUCCUUUGGACACGGAAUGUAUCUGGAAGAUUGUCAGCUCCCCUGGCAACCGGCUUCAGCUGUCUUUCAUAACAUUCCAGCUGGAAAAUAGUGAAGGCUGCACCAAGGAUUAUCUGGAGAUUCGCAAAGGGAAUGACACUGGCGAGAUGGUGGGACGAUACUGUGGGGACUCCUUACAUUUGAAUUACACGUCCAUCAUUGGGCACAUCUUGUGGGUCAAAUUUGUCUCUGAUGGCUCAGGCAGUGAUGUUGGCUUUAGGGCCAAUUUUGCUCACUUAUUUGGGAAUGAUAUUGUGGGAAAUAGUGGGCAAAUUGCUUCUCCAUUGUGGCCCAGAAACUACCCUCACAACUCCAAUUACCAGUGGAUGAUAAGUGUCAAUGCUUCUCAUGUUAUCCACGGUCAGAUCCUGGAGAUGGACAUUGAAGAUCGUAACAGUUGCUCUACUGACAAGUUAAAGAUCUACGAUGGGCCCAGCACCCAUUUCCGUCUUAUCGCCACAUACUGUGGUAUUGUCCCUUCAUCAUUCAUCUCCUCUGGCAGUUCUAUCACAAUCCAGUUCCAGUCCGAUUCUUCUGUGAAUGGAAAGGGUUUCCUUUUGGACUGGUAUGCAAUGGAAGCUUCUCCAGCCACUACGUAUACCAUUGCUAGAGCAGGUGGAUGUGGUGGUGUUGCCGUGACUGGAGAAACCCCUUCAUUCCUCUUCUCACCAGACUGGCCCAGCAACUACAGAAAUUUUGCUGUCUGUACCUGGCUUAUCAGAGCUCCAGAAUCCACUGUAGAGUUCAACAUCCUGGCCCUAGAUAUAGAAUCUCAUAGUUCAUGCAACUACGACAAACUUGUCAUCAGAGAUGGAGACAAUAGCGUUGCCCCAGUGCUGGCCACCAUAUGUGGUCGAGACACACCUGGGCCAAUAAGAUCUACUGGAGAGGCCUUGUUCAUUCAGUUCACCACAGAUGCAAGUGUCACUGGUGCUGGGUUCAAUGCUUCUUAUCACAAAAGUUGUGGUGGCUAUUUGCAUGCCGACAGGGGAGUGAUCACAUCCCCCAACUAUCCUCAGGCCUAUGCUCCCAAUCUCAAUUGUUCCUGGCAUGUAUUGGUUACCAGUGGGUUUGUUAUCGUUGUCCAUUUUGAACAACCCUUCGAAGUUCAGAGCGAGGAUGCUUCUUGCAGCCAUGGGGACUACUUGGAGCUUAAAAAUGGACUGGAUGACUCUGCCCCACCUUUGGGGACCAUUGGAAGGAACGGGCGGUUUUGUGGUAGCAGCUCUUUUUCUGCCUUGUACACUACAGACAAUCAGCUCUUUGUCCACUUCAUUUCUGACAGCAGUCAUGCGGGCCAAGGGUUCAAACUGAAGUAUGAGGCUAAGAGUCUGGCCUGUGGAGGGACUAUCUAUAUCAGUGAUUCCAGUCCCAGUGGAUAUGCAUCUUCCCCCAACUAUCCUAACAACUAUCCACAGCAUGCUGACUGUGUCUGGACCAUAACAGCUCCGAAUGGAGGGGCAGUGGAGCUGCAGUUUGAAGACCAGUUUUACAUUGAACCUUCACCCAAUUGUGCCUUCAGUUACCUUGAAUUACGUGAUGGAGCUGACUCCAGUGCACCAGUGCUUGCCAAGCUGUGUGGAAGUUCUCUGCCAGGCAUUCAAAGGUCUUCAGGAGUUGUCAUGUAUAUGAGGUUUAGGUCUGACAACAGUGCCACACAUAUUGGAUUCAAUGCCAAGUACUCAAGAGCUAUAUGUGGUGGAACGGUGACAGGACAAAAUGGUGUCAUCGAAAGCGUAGGAUUUCCGGAGCUGCACUAUCAAGACAAUUUGUUGUGCGAAUGGUUUCUCCAGGGACCUACUGGUCAUUAUCUCACCAUUAGCCUAGAAGGACUAGAUGUUCAGGACUCCCCCGAGUGUGCAAAUGACUUUGUGGAGAUCCGCGAGUACAAUGCUUCAGGGAAUUUAUUGGGCCGAUACUGUGGUACUACUAUCCCUGAUGCAAUGGAUACUUCUGACAGUUUUGCUUAUGUCAAGUUCUUCACUGAUGGAUCUAUCAACGCCCCAGGAUUUAGACUGCGCUUUGAUGCUAGUAUUGAAGAGUGUGGUGGAUAUCUUAAUGCACCUGUUGGGACAUUUACUUCCCCCAACUAUCCCAACACGUACCCACACAGUCGAGUGUGUGAAUGGAGGAUCACAGUCCCAGAAGGACGACGCAUCACACUAACUGUUAAUGAUAUGAAGACUGAAGCCUACCAGAGGUGCAGCUUAGAUUAUGUGGCUGUUUACAAUGGCCUCAGGCAGAAUUCUCCCAGACUAGCCAAACUGUGUGGUGAUGUAAAUCCAGGCACUCAAGUGAAAUCCUCAGGAAACACAAUGAAAGUCAUUUUGGUCACUGAUAUCUCUGUUUCAGCGAUAGGCUUCAGUGUUUCCUAUUCUUCUAGUGAAGAUGCAGUUUGUGGUGGGACCCGCGUGGAAGCUAGAGGAGGGAAUUUCACUUCACCGGGUUAUGACAGUAUCAGAAAUUACACAAACAACUUGAACUGUGAGUGGACCAUCAAGAAUCCAUACCACUACAAUUCAUCCACUUACAUCUCCUUUGAGGAUUUCCACUUGGAACACCACCAAGACUGUCAGUUUGACUACCUAGAGUUACGAAUAGGGGAUGCUGAUGGAGAGCUGAUAUCCAGACUCUGUGGCCAGGCACCACCUUCUGUACCACUAGUCAUAGCAGCUCCUCAGAUCUGGGUGCACUUUAGAAGUGAUGAGCUUGUGGAAGAUAGAGGAUUCUAUGCCAGUUACACAUUUGAAGCUUGUGGUGGUAUACAGACUGCUGAAAGUGGGGUCAUCUCAAGUCCUAACUACCCAAAUCCUUACAACAAUUUAAAUCACUGUUCUUGGUUGUUGGAGGCCCCACGAGGUUCAACUAUUACUCUUACUUUUACAGCCUUUGAUGUUGAAAUGCACUCAAAAUGUCGCUGGGACUCAGUCACUAUUCUGAAUGGUGGUUCUCCUGGUUCUCCUAUAAUUGGACAGUAUUGUGGAACUACAUCUCCUGGGACCAUUCAGUCGGGUUCCAACAAGCUAGUGGUGAUCUUUAACUCAGACCAUUCAGUGCGAAGAGGCGGGUUUUAUGCAACAUGGACCGCAGAAUCUUUAGGAUGUGGUGGAAUCAUUCAUUCAGAUAAUGGCACAAUCAAAUCUCCCCACUGGCCUCAAAAUUUCCCCAUGAACAUCAGAUGCACAUGGACAAUCAUUACUCACGAGAGCAAACACUUGGAGAUGAGCUUUGAUAACAACUUCCAGAUCCCCAGUAGUAAUGGAGAGUGCCAGAGCAGUUAUGUGAAGGUGCUGAGAGGAAAUAAUGAAGAAGAAGCAGUAGCUUUGUUGGCCACAGGAUGUGGAAGUACAGCUCCUGGGUCUGUUGUUGCUCCCAGCAAUGUGAUAACUACAGUGUUCCAGUCUCAGGAUACCCCUGGGCGUGGCUUCUCUGCAUCUUUCAUAAGCAGAUGUGGAGUAAAUUUCACCAGCCCUGCAGGUCGCAUUGUCUCCCCUAACUACCCCAGCCAGUAUGUCAACAACUUAAAUUGCAAUUAUAUCAUAGAUGGGGGACCUCAGUCAUUUGUCAUUCUACGGUUUGAGACUUUCCAGUUGGAAUCCCAGACAGUCUCCACUGGAACUUGUGCUUAUGAUGGAAUGAAAAUUUUCAGAGGUACCAGGAUAACUCCCUACCCGGUCACCACAAUGUGUGGUACUGAAAUCCCGAGGCCUGUCAGUUCCUUUGGGCCUAUGCUCCUCAACUUCUACACUAACUCUCAUAUAGUAGGCCUUGGAUUCCUGGCAACAUACAGAAUAAUCCCUUGCGGUGGCCUUUUCAAUGGUUCCUCUGGCACAGUCAGCAGCCCUACCCAUUCCUUUACUGAUUAUCACAACAAUAUGAACUGCUCAUACCACAUUACAGUUGGAAAUAACAAAGUCGUGGCACUCAAAUUCAAUGCCUUCCACCUUGAAGCUUCCUCCUCUUGUUACAAAGAUUAUGUGGCUGUAUAUGAUGGCUCAGACAUUUACUCUCCACUCCUUGGCAAAUUCUGCGGCUCAGAACCUCCUCCAACUCUUAAGAGCUCCAGCAAUGACUUGCUCUUGAUGUUCAAGACUGAUUUCUUUGAAGUAGCUGGAGGCUGGAAAGCAUCUUUCAGAGAGACAAUAGGGCCUCAGCAUGGCUGUGGUGGUUAUUUGACAAAUUCAAGUUACAGCUUUGGCUCUCCAGACUCUGACAUGGAUGGCACAUAUGACAAAAACUUGGAAUGUGUGUGGAUCAUAGCUGCAUCUGUAAACAAGCUGAUCAACCUCACCUUCACCUCAUUUGUUCUUGAAGCACAAUCGUCUCAGACAUGCAGAUAUGAUUAUGUCAAUCUGUAUGAUGGAGAUAAUGAAAAUGCCAAUUUAGCUGGCACAUUUUGUGGGUCCAUCGUGCCAGCUCCAUUUCUUUCUACCAAUAACUUCUUGAUGGUGAAGUUUGUCACAGAUAGUUCUGUGCAAAGGGCAGGUUUCAAUGUUACCUACGCCAUUGUGGAUCGGUUGUGUGGCGGAACAUAUAAUGCAACUUCUACCCCACAGACCGCAGUGUCACCUAAUUUUCCAAAUGCCUAUCCACCGUUUACUGUCUGCACAUGGAUCAUUGAUGCUCCGCCACAGCAGCAAGUCAAACUGGUGGUAGAGGCAUUCCACCUCCAUGCCAACCAGGACUGCUCUCAGAAUUAUCUAGAGUUCCAGGAACCAACAAUGGGUAACCAUAGACAGGUCAAUAGAUUCUGUGGCACUGAAACUUUUGUAGUCCCUGAGUUUUAUUCUUAUGGUCGGACUGCCAUUGUGACUUUCAAAUCAGAGGAAUACAUGAUUGAUAACAGAGUCAGGUUUACCUAUCAGACUGCAGGUUGCAGCAGAGAAUAUAAUCAGUCAUUUGGUUAUCUGAAGAGCCCUGGCUGGCCUGGUCUCCAUCCCAAUAACUUGGAUUGUACCAUCAUUCUACAAGCUUCUCCGAAUCACACCAUUUCUCUUUUUUUUCAUGCUUUCAAUUUGGAGGACAGCAGCCGAUGUUCUUUGGAUUUCUUAGAGGUCAGAAAUGGUAGUGAUGCGGGUUCCCCACUACUUGGCAGGUAUUGCGGAAACACUGUGCCCAAUCCAAUCUUCCCUAAAAAUCAUGUUGUAUACCUGCGUUUCAAGAGUGAUAUUUUAGUUGCUCGCGAUGGAUUUGAGAUCACUUGGACUUCAUCACCAACUGGAUGUGGAGGAACCUUAUAUGGAAACACUGGUUCAUUUGCCAGCCCUGACUAUCCUGCAACUUACCAGAACAAUACUGAUUGUGAAUGGAUCAUUAUUGCUCCCAAGGGACGAAUUGUUACAGUUAACUUUGUUUUCAUCAGCAUUGAUGACCCAGGUGACUGUACUAGGAACUACCUGAUACUUUACAAUGGGCCAGAUGCAAGCUAUCCACCGACUGGACCAUACUGUGGGAUGGAGACAAACAUUGCUUCAUUUACUGCUACAUCACAUCAAGUCUUCAUAAAAUUCCAUGCUGACUAUGCAACUUUACCAUCAGGCUUCCAGUUAACUUGGAGCAGCUAGAACCAUUAUUCCAAGGAAGUACAGUCCCUCAGUACUUAGCUAUGUUGCAGAGACAUUAGGGCAUAAUGUGACUGUUUGAUAUAUGACUGUGAUCACUAGAAUAAAAGUAAAUUACUAUAAAUAUAGAUGUGCAGUUAGAAUUAUUUCAAACAAAUUUGAGCUCCUUUUAUAUUUAAAAGAAUGUCUGCUUCUUUACACACAACUGUGAAAUGAGCUGGAUGUUAGUAUUUGAAAUAUAAUGUGAUUUU